GCACCUCAUCAAAGCACAAACAAGCUUAUUAUCUCCUUGUCCUAGCUUCUUACAUCUGUCUUUUAUUUUUUUCCAGUUUCCCUUUUUCUCAUCAAGAAAGAUUAGAUUAAUCUUCGACCGUUGGAUCGAAAAUGCCCGGAAUUGCUUUCGGAAGGGUUGAUGACUCGUUCAGCCUGGCCUCGGUGAAGGCUUACAUUGCCGAGUUCAUUUCCACGUUGCUUUUUGUCUUCGCCGGCGUUGGCUCAGCCAUUGCCUUCAACAAGUUGACCUCCGAUGGGGACCUUAACCCGCCGGGGCUGGUGGCCAUAGCCGUUUGCCACGCUUUUGCUCUGUUUGUGGCCGUUUCCGUUGGGGCCAACAUCUCCGGCGGCCACGUCAACCCGGCCGUCACCUUUGGGCUGGCGGUGGGCGGCCAAAUCACCAUCCUCACCGGAAUAUUCUACUGGAUUGCCCAGCUUCUGGGCGCCGUCGUCGGCAGUUUCUUGCUCAAAUUCGUUACCGGAGGAUUGGCGAUUCCGACCCACGCCGUUGGUGCCGGCGUCGGCGCCGUCGAAGGAGUUGUGAUGGAAAUCAUAAUCACAUUCGCACUGGUCUACACCGUGUACGCCACCGCAGCUGAUCCCAAGAAGGGCUCAUUGGGCACGAUCGCGCCCAUCGCUAUUGGGUUCAUUGUGGGCGCCAACAUCUUGGCCGCAGGCCCAUUUUCAGGUGGAUCCAUGAACCCAGCCCGCUCUUUCGGCCCAGCUGUUGCCAGCGGUGACUUCUCGGGCCACUGGAUCUACUGGAUUGGGCCGCUCAUUGGUGGUGGGCUAGCUGGGCUCAUCUACAGCAACGUUUUCAUGCAGCACGAGCACCAACCGCUGGCUAGCGAGUUUUAAUGGGAAUGAAUGUCUUUGUUGUUGUUGUUGGUGUGUGAUUCUGUAAUUUCCAAUUUGUUUGUGGUGCGAAGUGCAAAAUCUCACUCUGGAUUAGUGCUCUCCUUUUUCUUUUGUAAUAAAAGGAAGGGGGAAUUAUUUUCUUUUCUUCCUUUUUUCUUUCAAUUUACCUCCUUUGUUUGCUAAUUUGGUUGGUUUUAUAUCUAUUUACUGGUGGAAAGGUUUGCUUUAUGGAAAGGUUCGUGAACAUUAUGAGAAUUGCAAUAUGACCCCAUUUAUCUUUUUA